GCACAAAGUCAGUUGAUUCAUAUGACCAGUCGACUGAAAUGUCCGUUGAACAGACAGUACAGAUCAACAAUGAUGUAAGGGAUAAAGUAACAUCACGUCUCAGUUUCCAAAUCGACCAGACUGCUGACGAGGAAACUUUCUCGCGGAAAGAUAGCACAUGUUCCAUGGACUGGGCUAGCACCUAUUCUAACAUGAAUGACGUUGUUAUAAUGGUUAAUGACUAUAAGGGGGAGUCCGUUGUGGGAUGUGUAGUUUACACGGAGACAGAUAGAUCGGAUCCAGCACGCUGCGCUCUCGUCUAUCCAGCUGAUGUCCCUUCAAUGGUCAAUUUAUACGAAAAUGUCGUCAGCAACAUCAUUCAUAUAGUUCCUGUGGAGAACCAAGGUGGUGACGAAGACGAGGAUGAGGUUACUAUAGCAAUUCCAUUCGUGAAGGACGAGAUGCAUUACUACCAGGAACCCGUGUUGCGUGUGCUUGAUUCACAAGACAGAUGGAAUGAAUAUCCGUGCCGGGAAACUUUGUAUGACCGGGAAGAUGAAUCAAACAUUUUUGUACUGAUGGCCAAGUUUACCGGACCCACCACGUGCGUGGUAGUUGCCCAACCGAUCGUGGACGAUAUUGUUUUCACGAACAAGAUGACGAGAUUUCACUCCACUGUAGACAGGGAGAUUAUCCUUACGUGUCCCGUCAGUGCUAGAAUCAACGCUAAAAAUGUCCAUGUCGAACUCAAGGUGCUGCCUGUGCUGCCUUGCAUAUUAGAAGAAACCAAGACGACGUUUGAUACAGACAGACAGAAACUGUACAAUGCUGGGGCCAUUGUCACACUUAACUUCUAUGAUGACCAUCCCCAGACAAUAUACAUGCACCUGCCGUGUACUCGACCUCCCGUACCUUCCCGUCCUAUGACUGGCAGUAAGCGUGUCUCUUCUUGUCUAGGAACUCCUGAUUCUGGUUACAGGUCAACGUCUAGGGGAGGCCAGAUGGGCAGGAAAAACUCGACAUUCGGCAAAUUUGUGGAGCCUAGUCAAGAAAAAGAAUGCCGUCUUGUUCGUUUUGCAUCUUGUAUGGCUACCAAGGUCAAGACGUUGUCUUCGGAUGAUGUCACAGUAGAUGACCAGGCUAUUUUUUCUGUACAUGAGAAAUCAAGCACUUCGGUUGUGCUUGAAGUCACAGAGGAGUUGCUGCCAAAAGUGAUACAAGAUAUAGUUCCACGACUUCUGUCUAAUAUCGAAUAUCAAAAUGUACAGAUAUGCCUGGCUCACAACAAAAGGUGCCUUAACGAACUAGCCUUGUCAUGUGACCGAGCCUCGAACGUUAACUCCCGCCAAAUGAUGCGACUAGAGACAGACAAUAUCGUUACCACGAGAGCCAUAAAAAUGAGAGAGGGCGAUACACUGUGUUUAUGUUUUCGUGGUAACGUAUCUUCAAUUUCCAAUCAUCGAACUAUAUUUCGUUAUUAUGGAAUUCAUGGGAUUCACACGGCCUGGACGAUUGACAUAGUCGACAGAUUUUGUCAGAGGUCGCUUUCUUCGUUCUGUGGAUUUCUUCAAAUAUUUGUAUGGAAAGCGAAGCAGCCGUUUGACUGUCAGCACAGUGAUGUUGAUAACAAAGCAUUCUGGGAUAUCAUCACUGAAAUACCCAUCUCGCUUCCCAAGACAGUGCCUAGGCUGUCCACAAAAGUAGUGCGGGCUCCUGUAACAGUGCGAAACGAAGGGACAAUCACACCAGAAUUUCUUGAGAGUCUUGCAAAGGCUAUUGGGGAGGGAUGGCUUCCACUUGCAAAUAGCCUGAAUAUUGAUCAUCCGAGAAUACAGUCAAUCAAACAGCAACACAAGGGAAAGAACCAAGAGCUGGCAAGAGAUAUCCUCAUGACAUGGUUCAAACGAUCCCUGAUCGUAAAUGAAAAAACAUCUGCUCUGAUUGCGGCCCUACGUAACAGUGGUAGGGAUGACCUGGCAGAUGCUCUAAGAGACAGCAGCAAAAGGUACCGACGGGAGAAGGCCAGGAAUACGAGAGAUAAUAAGAUGGAGACUGUGAUCUUAUCGGUAUGCAAAAGCAGUCAAGUAGUAUCUAGAUGGAAGGACAUUGCAAGCAUGCUGGACAUGAAUGAAUCGGAGAUCCACACCAUUGAUGCUGAAACUGCAGACGAUGUGUCGAAAUGUCGUGGAAUGUUGUCGCUUUGGAAACAGAAACAAAAUGGAUAUGGGAUCCGAAAACUCGUUAAAUGUUUAAAUCAUCUUGGGCUGAAUCACAUUGCAGAUCAUUUGACAACGAUGAUGACGAAAACACCCUCCUGACGCGGCACUCUACUAGGAGACACAUCGAUUAUGUAUGCUGUGAAACGAUGCUGUGAUUGGAGAAGACAUUUGUGAUACAUUAUGUGAAACGAUUCUGUGAAAGGUAUCAUUGGUGAUGUAUGAUGUUAAAUGAUGAUGUGUUUGGAGGAGACAUUGAUGAUUCAUAAUGAACACGAUACGAUGUUUGAAUGAGAAAUAUGCGACACGUGAUGGACACCAAAACAGGUAUUCUGUUUGGAGGAGACAAGAGUUUGCAAGGAAAAGAACAAUGAAAUAAGAUAUAAGACAAAUAAUGCAAUGCUUCAAAAACAAUAAAUGAAAACAGCUUCCCAUUUCAGCUGAAAAAUGUAUAAGCAUCGUAUUUUCAAAUUUGAAUACAUGUGUAUAAAUACAUCAUUAUUUUCAGCAGGUACCGUAAACUAUGAUAUAUCUACGCGGUGACUUUUUUCAAAGCAUGCCAUUUGACGUCUAGGCCUAGGGUAGAAGCGAUGAAUAUUGAGUGGCGCAAUUAUCAACCAUUUUACCAUGUUUAAUGACGAUCCUACUUUGAUUAUUUUGCGUGUUGAGUCUUCUUGUGUACAUCACAAUAUAUGAAAACACUAAACUGACAGUGUAACUGAAGAAUCCUAACACUUACAUACAAAUAAAUAUAAGAGUCUUCGUCGGAACAUCAUCUCAUAAACAACAAAAAAUCAUUGUUAGACAUGUUUGCUGGCAUUUGUUAAAGUGACCAACCCACUGUCACACAAAAUACAGCGUCUCUUGCUCACUGAUAUUCCUGACGAGUUCCAUCAAUUUUAACUGAAAAGGAGUUAUUUAAAAUUAUUUUUGACAUGAUCUUUUAUUUUUUGAAUUUUGCACAAACACGAUAUUCAAAACCAUUAUGAAAUGUCCAUAAAUCCAUACGUAAAUAUUUUACACGUUUGAAGUUAAUGAAUAUUUUGAUGAUUAUGUGAUAAACAGAAGAUACCUGAAGGUGUUAUACAUAUUUUCAAGAGUGCGACAGUUGACAAGUUUAAUGGCGACAAGAAUACGUGUAUUCGGUGACGCCAUAUCGAAAACUAUCCAUACAUAUUCAAUGUGGUAUAUUUCAAUAUUAUGAGGUCAUCAUUAUCACAUCAUAUAUUGUUCAUGAGAUCACGAAUAAUGCAAGGAAAGACAAGAAGACAAAAUAAAAUGUUU